GGAAGGAAGAGUAGCAGGACUAACAUGGGAGACUCGUGUGAGACUGAACUGUGAAGCAGUGUCUGGCUGCCCAGGACCGAGUGCUUCGCGGAGGAGUUGAGGAAACUCUACCAGGUUCAGGUUCUUUCUGAUCGGUGUCUCCAGGACCUCUGUCAGGCACUUCUAUCUAGGACGGAUGCUCUGCACCUACUCACCCAGGGCCUAGCUUAGGCCAAGAAAUGGGAACCAAAGAAGCCCUUCCGGAGCCGGUGCCGGUCCGCGAGCCCGCACGUCUCUGCAGACGAGUCCCCGCCCGGGUCCGGCAGGGCCCGCGCCGUGGGAGGAGUCGGACGCUGGCCGGAGACUAACCCAGGUCGGACUGCCGGACUAACCAAGGAGGGAACCGGACCGCGCAGAGAGCGACCCCGGCGUCGCGACCCCCGAGGACUCCUCUUGUCGAUCUGUGGCACCCGCUAGUUCCGGACACCCAGCCCCGCAGAGCCCCCGAGCCCGCGCGCCCAGCCCCGGGGGAGCCCGCCCCCGCCCCGCGGCCCGCCCGGGCCAUGCUCCCCCGGGGCAGCGGCUGAACCCGAGCCGGGUCCCGGACCGGAGCCCGCGCGGAGCAUGGAUCCGGGCUGGGGGCAGCAGGACGUGGGCUGGGCGGCCCUGCUGAUCCUCUUCGCCGCCUCGCUGCUCACGGUGUUUGGCUGGCUGCUACAGUAUGCCCGGGGCUUGUGGCAGGCGCGGGCCCGCGGGGGCCGGGGGCCGGGACCCGCCUUAGCUGCCGAGCCCGCGGGCUUCCCGCGGGAGCUGGGCGUGUGGCGCUCGCUGCUGCGGCUGCGGCCGACCCGGGCCGGCGUCCCCGAGGAGCCAGGCGUCCGGGGCCUCCUGGCGUCGCUCUUCGCCUUCAAGUCUUUCCGAGAGAACUGGCAACGGGCUUGGGUGCGAGCGCUGAACGAGCAGGCCUGCAGGGACGGGAGUUCCAUCCAAAUCACCUUUGAGGAGGUGCCCCAAGUCCCACCCAGAGCCAGCAUUGGUCAUGUGACCUGCGUAGACCAAUCGGACCGCACCAUGGUGCUGCGUUGCCAGCUCUCUGCUGAGGAGGUGAUGUUCCCAGUCUCUGUGACCCAGCAGUCCCCCGCUGCCGUCUCCAUGGAGACCUACCACGUCACUCUGACACUGCCACCAACACAGUUGGAAGUCAGCCUGGAGGAGAUCCCUGGCGAGGGCCUGCUCGUGUCCUGGGCCUUUACUGAUCGCCCAGACCUCAGCCUGACGGUGCUUCCCAAGCUGCAGGCCAGGGAGAGAGGCGAGGAGCAAGUGGAGCUCUCCACCAUUGAAGAAUUGAUUGAGGACACCAUUGUCAGCACCCAGCCGGCCAUGAUGGUCAACCUCAGGGCUUGCUCUGCGCCUGGAGGCCCGGUACCCAGUGAGAAGCCACCCGUGGUGCCCCAGGCACAGCCAGCCAUCUCCAGACCUACCCGGUUAUUCCUCCGGCAGCUUCGAGCGUCUCACCUGGGAAGUGAGUUGGAAGGCACUGGGGAACUGUGCUGUGUAGCUGAGCUCGACAACCCGGUGCAACAGAAGUGGACCAAGCCCAUGAGCGCUGGUCCCGACGUGGAGUGGACUGAGGACCUGGCCCUGGAUCUGGGCCCCCAGAGCCGGGAGCUGAGCCUCAAAGUACUGAGGAGCAACAGCUGUGGAGACGCUGAACUCUUGGGCCAGAUCACACUGUCUGUGGGGCCCCCUUCCAGACCUCUCUCCCGAAGACAGCUAUGCCCACUCGCCCCUGGGCCGGGGAAAGCCCUGGGACCGGCGGCCACCAUGGCAGUAGAGCUUCAGUAUGAGGAGGGCUCCCCCCGGAACCUGGGCACUCCCACUCCCUCCACUCCACGCCCCAGCAUCACACCCACCAAGAAGAUCGAGCUAGACCGGACCAUCAUGCCUGAUGGCACCAUUGUGACCACAGUCACCACCGUCCAGUCCCGGCCCCGUGUAGAAGGGAAACUAGACUCCCCCUCCCGCUCCCCGUCCAAGGUGGAGGUGACCGAGAAGACGACAACUGUGCUGAGUGAGAGCAGUGGCCCCAGCAGUGCUUCCCACAGCAGCAGCCCAGGGGAGAGCCACCUUUCCAACGGCUUGGACCCUGUAGCAGAGACAGCGAUUCGUCAGCUCACUGAGCCCAGCGGGCGGGCAGCCAAAAAGACACCCACCAAGCGUAGCACUCUUAUCAUCUCUGGCGUUUCCAAGGUGCCCAUUGCUCAGGACGAGUUGGCACUAUCUCUGGGCUAUGCGGCAUCCCUGGAUGCCUCAAUGCAGGAUGAUGCAGGAACCAGUGGAGGUCCCUCCUCACCACCCUCAGACCCACCAGCCAUGUCCCCAGGACCCCUCGAUGCCCUCUCCAGCCCCACCAGCGCCCAGGAAGCAGAUGAGACAACACGUUCGGACAUUUCUGAGAGGCCAUCUGUGGAUGAUGUUGAGUCGGAAACAGGGUCUACUGGUGCGCUGGAGACCCGCAGCCUCAAGGAUCACAAAGUGAGUUUCCUGCGCAGUGGCACGAAGCUUAUCUUCCGCCGGAGGCCUCGACAGAAGGAAGCUGGUCUGAGCCAAUCACACGAUGACCUCUCCAACACGGCGGCCACACCCAGUGUCCGAAAGAAGGCUGGCAGCUUUUCUCGCCGCCUUAUCAAGCGCUUUUCCUUCAAAUCCAAACCCAAGGCCAAUGGCAAUCCCAGCCCCCAGCUCUGAGGGCCCUUCCCACCUCCUGAGCUAGGAGAGGGCAGGAGUCCUCUCAGCCCACCCCCCACAUCCUCUUCCGUUCCCCUUCCUGGAUUCCCAACAGCCUGGGCCAGGGAAGCCCUCUGGGUUCCAGGAAGCCCUGUCCACCCUGGGCUGUGGGGCCGGUUGGAAGGCUACUUGCAACGGGAAGCAUGAGAGGGGCGGGCACCCGUUGCUGAGGACACAGAAGAGGGAGUGGGUGGCUGGGAGUAGAGGAGGGCUCUGUCCUGGCACGUGUGGGCAUUUCUCAGAACCGGUUGCCUGCUGUUGACAUUGGCCCCUCAGAGGAGUCCCAGGGUGCUCAGCUCCUCAGCUGGUCCUUCCUCCCCUAUUUAUUCUCUUUUCUAUUUAUAUGUGUGGUCCAGGACCCUCAGUGAACAGAUGAGAGAGGGCAUCUCUCCCAGGUGACCCUUCUUUCCUGUCCCAGGAGGGUAGGCAAUUAAUUCCCUUUGGGACAGGACUCCCAUGUCUCCCUCAGGUCCCCACUCCAACCAGCACCAGUGUCUGCCUCUGGGGACAUUGGCAGCUCACAGAAAGCCCGAGCCGGUGCCCUGGAUGGGGGGCAGGUACUCCCCACCUCCCUGCCUCCCCUCCUGCUCCUCAUCCCUCCCUCCCCUUUAUUACUGUUUUUGUACUUGAUGCCUUCUCCGUGAGCAGUGGCUCUGUCAGAAGGAGGGAGUCAGGAGCUGGAUGGAAGCCUUCCCCAGAGAAAUGGCUUUCAGGGGCUUUAUUAAAGACUGUGAUGAUGAUGGAGCAAGAGCAGGGCUAUACCUCUGUGUGUUGGGAGAUGAUGAUGUCCAUUGCUGUGUGAUGGCUUGGAAUUUAAUUUAUUAAAUUAAAGUCAAAUUGGAGUUUACAAACUGGACAAAUGGUUAUCCUUUGAAAGGUGAGUGAGCAGCAAGGCUGGGGCAUUGGGGGGUGGUCAGAGACAGGGGACCAGAUAGUGAGGUAGGGUAAACGACACACAUAUGGGGUCUGCUGAGAAGUUCCUGCAGGGAAGAAGGGACAAGUAGAGAGAGAAUGGGAGAACGAGACUUUGAAGGGUGAAGUCAUAGCAAAAAACGUCAAUCAGAGAAAAAAGCCAUCUUCAUUCCCCUUUCUUGAAUAAGCUGCUCCUUCCAGGAUAUAAUAGAAUCCUAAGCAUGGAUUCUGGAUCUAGAUGGCCUAGAUUUGAGUCUCAGCUCCUCUAAUUACCUGUGUGACCCUGGGCAAGUUACGUUACCACAGAGUGUCUCAGUUUUUUCAUCUGUAAAAUGGGAACUGUGAUAGUAGCUGUCCCUUGGUUGUGGCUGAGAAGUAAAUGCAUAGAGUGCUUACAAUUCUGCUGGCAUAUGGUCAGUGCUGAAUAAGUGCUAACUGUUGCCUCAGAAUUCUGAGACAGAUUGGGAGGGGGAAGUUUUAAAAGGGUUUCAACAUACUGAAAAGUCUUUCAUUCCUAAGUGUGGGCAAGUUUCAGGGAGUUACGGAUACUAGCAAAAUCUACACCCUGGUUCAUGUUCUGUGGGACCUGACCCAGGAUUUGAACCAGGUAAGUUGCAGCAGGAUGUCAGCCCUGGACCAGGGACAGAAAGCCUGAGUGUGCCACAGACACACCAAGUGACCUUGGGGCACACCACUUCUCUUUUCUGGAUCUCUACUUCCUCAUCCCUAAAAUGGAGAGUGGCUUAGAUAAUCAUUCAGGUCACGUCCAGCCUCGCCAUUCUGACUAACUUACAUCACAGGGGGUUUGGGGCACAUGCCUUUGGGUAGGCAGCAUGGAACUGUCGAUGUUUAGCAUGUCCUGUCCAUACUAGUCACAGAAUAUAGGAUUUUUAUUUUUAUUUAUUUAUUUGAGAGAGAGCGCACCAGUAGGGUGAGGGGCAGAGGGAGAAGCAGACUCCCCGCUGAGCAGGGAGCCCAAUGUGGGGCUCAAUCCUGGGACUUGCCCUGAGCCGAAGGCAGACACUUAACCAACUGAGCCACCCAGGUGCCCCCGAAUAUAGGAUAUUUAGUACGUGGCAGAGUAUGGAUAUUUGGUUAAUUUGUAUAGUGAUAUGCUCAACUCUAGGUCAUGAAAACUCAAGAGAUUUACCAGGCUGUUUCCCUUGAUCUACGAAGGGCAACUCUUAAUAGCUCACAGAGGAGCAGCUUAUUUACCAAGAGGCCAAGAUAGCCAAACACGCUGAUCUCGAAAUUUUACAAUAAACUUUUGUUGAUGGGAGGGCAAGUGUUCAGAUUCCCACUGGAUCUGUGGAUUGAGUGGAUGGUAACUGGAAGUUGUACUCAGCUUCUAGUGCUGAGCUGCCCAGAGCUCAAUGGAAUCACAUAGUUUAUGGUAAAAAACUGGAUCACAUUUCAAAUACAGGUGGUGGUUUUUUUUUUUUUAAUGAAUGUAUAAGAAAUACAAAAGAUUAUUUGAUCAACUUUAUCCAUUUUACACUUUCAGAGGAGAGCCACAGCUUUUCAUGAGUAUGAAUUAUGCUUUAAGUCUUUGUGGCAGCUUUCAAAGAACAAAUCUCAGGGUGUGUCUGAAUUAUCCAACCAAAAUUGUAGCUUGUUUUCAAGAGAAGCAGACUGAGAUGGAAGUAGAUAAGCUAGACAGCAAGAUGUGGUCUCAAGUUUUGGAGAUGUGUGGAUCCCAGAGCUAUCCUGAAACUUUUGCCCUGUAAAAAUUGUUUUGAGUCUACAUAGCUCUGUGAAUGAAAUUUUUCCUCAUGAAAUUGCUAAAUUAAAGCUAAGAACCAUCUUCAGCGGUGUAAGUCUGAAUUAAAAGAAGGCUGGCAUUUUGUGUAUUACUAUCUGUGCUUUUGAAGGAAUGAAGUUGAUAAAGUAUAUUUUUGUUACUUCUGAAUUAUAUUUUAAAAACUCUAUUUUAAAAUAGGGACAAUGCUAUAAUCCACUGUUAGUAACAAACUUCAUGCACAAAUUUUUUUAUGCACAAAUUUCCGAUUUUACUCUGACUUUGUUAUUUUUAAGUGUCUUUUAUUUAUAUUGAACAUUUAAUGUGUUUUCUGAUUAUAUGAAUCAUAUAGACUUAUUUUAGGUUAGAAAAUACAGAAAAAUGUAACAAAAUAAAUCUCAA